AUGCCCAUCUUCUGCAACUGGGGAAGUGCUAAGGCACUUGAGGAAGAAUUCUCAGUCAUCCUGGUGUAUUCUGGCAUUGAGUUCACCCGCUCUAGCCUGGGCAGCCGCCGCGGGGGUGCCGCGCUGCAGCCGGCUGGGCCGGCGUCCGCGCCCGCCCAGGAAGCAGCCCUGCACGCACUCCCGCCCCCUGCCCCGGGCCCGGGCCCAGUCCCGGAGAGCUGGAGGCCGCCGCUGCCGCCACCGCGCAGCGCCGGGACCGGCCCCCCUCGGGCCGCCGGAGCUGCCGCCUCGUCGCCCGUGCUGCUGCUUCUGGGGGAGGAAGACGAGGACGAAGAAGGCGGGAGCAGGCGGCGGAGGGGACUCGGUAGGGUGGAGGAGAAGCCCCGAGGGGGCGCGGAGGAGGAGGAUGACGAAGAGGAAGACGAGGACGAGGAGGUGGUCGUCGAGGUGGUGGACGGCGACGACGACGAGGAGGAUGGCGAGGAGCGUUUCGUGCCCCUCGGACCGGGUCGUGCGGUCCCCAAGGGCCCGGCCCGGGGCGCGUUGAAGGUGGGGAGCAUUAAGCGGGAAAUGGCCUUCACAUUUCAAUCAGAGGACUUGAAACGUGACUCUAGUAAGAAAAUGUCUCAUCACUUGUUCCCCUUGGCCAUGGAGGAAGAUGUGAAAACAGCAGACACCAAAAAAGCCGGUCGGGUCCUUGACCAUGAAAAAGAAAACACUCGUUCCAUCUGUCUCCUUGAGCAGAAACGGAAAGUCGUUUCUUCUAAUAUUGAUGUCCCUCCAGCAAGGAAAUCUUCAGAGGAACUGGACAUGGACAAGGUGACAGCAGCGAUGGUACUCACCAGCUUGUCAACCAGCCCUUUGGUUCGAAGUCCUCCUGUGCGGCCAAAUGAGGGCCUCAGCGGAUCCUGGAAAGAGGGCGGGUGCGUGCCCUCCAGUACCAGCAGCAGCGGCUACUGGAGCUGGAGCGCCCCCAGCGACCAGUCCAACCCGUCCACACCGUCGCCGCCGCUGUCCGCCGACAGCUUCAAGCCCUUCCGCAGUCCCGCACAGCCGGACGAUGGCAUUGACGAGGCGGAGGCCAGCAACCUGCUCUUUGAUGAGCCCAUUCCCAGGAAAAGAAAGAACUCAAUGAAGGUGAUGUUCAAAUGCCUCUGGAAGAACUGUGGCAAGGUGCUGAGCACUGCGGCAGGCAUCCAAAAACACAUCCGGACCAUUCAUCUCGGGCGUGUUGGAGACUCUGACUACAGUGAUGGAGAGGAGGACUUCUACUACACGGAGAUCAAGCUCAACACAGACUCAGUGGCAGAUGGACUGAGCAGCCUGGCCCCAGUUUCACCCUCUCAGUCCCUGGCUUCCCCUCCUACGUUCCCCAUCCCAGAUUCCAGCAGAACAGAAACUCCUUGUGCCAAAACCGACACCAAACUGAUGACACCAUUGAGCCGCUCAGCUCCCACCACCCUCUACCUCGUGCACACCGACCACGCUUACCAGGCCACACCCCCCGUGACUAUUCCAGGAUCAGCUAAGUUCACCCCUAACGGCAGCAGCUUCAGCAUUUCUUGGCAAUCUCCUCCAGUCACUUUCACAGGCAUUCCAGUGUCACCAACACAUCAUCAUGCAGUGAGCACAGGAGAGCAGAGACAACAUGCCCACACCGUCCUGUCCUCCCCACCCAGAGGGACAGUCAGCCUAAGGAAGCCCAGGGGAGAGGGCAAAAAGUGCCGGAAGGUAUAUGGCAUGGAGAACCGGGACAUGUGGUGCACCGCCUGCCGCUGGAAGAAGGCCUGCCAGAGGUUCAUCGACUGAGUAACAGAGGGCAGCCCCAAGCUGCUCCUGCCUCCCGUUUUGCUGCAGGUUUUAGGAAGAGCCUUUCCUUCUGAACAAAACCUCAAAACCCAGGGAAAGCCCUUCUACGAGCCUUUGUGGAGUUACAGCAAAAAAAAAAAAAAAAUCAAAAAUAUCACCACCUGUGCUGCUCUUACUGAGAACCCAGCCUAGAGUGGCUAGAACAUUUCCCCCCCUGUCAAAAGAAAAGUCAACUUAGCCAUGUAUUUAGGUCUUAAGACUAUGGACUUCUGUAACAACUGAACCAACCAAGCCCAUUUUACCUAGAAAGGAGGCAUAUUUUGAUAAGCUUUCUGAAUUAUGGCAUUUCUGAGAAUUUUUUCAACCCUUAGGGGGGAAAAGAAAUCACAUUAGCUACAACAUUAUUCAGUAGCAUUUGUACAAAGAACAAUACCCACUUUGUGAAUAGACUUUUCCCCUCUUUUUCAUUGACUUCUUGAAGCAGUACACAUCAUGAUGUGUUGCAAGAAAGAGCAGCACUCUGGGUAUCUUUUCUAUGUCUGUUUUGUUUGUUUUUAAGAAUGGCCCCAGAUGGCGUAAGCUCCAAAAGCAAUUGGCAAUGGAGUCACCAGCGGCCUGCAGUCCCAAGUUGAGUUCAGGAAAUGUAGCUGCCACUGUUGGAAACCAUCGAGGAAUCUUCCUUGGAUCUGUAAGGAGCUCUUCCCCCAAGAGGCAGCACAGGUAAUUCUCCACCUGCCACAACUCAGACAAGAACUGGCAUCCGUAGCCAUCUGGGUAAGCCUUGAUGCUUCUUUCAGGGAUGUGAUACAGACUGCAGCUCAGAUCUGUGUGUUACUGCUUGUCCAUCAAGACUGUAGCCAGGUUCAUGGGUCAUUGGUCCAUCCCUCAAAACUCCACCACUGACUGAUUCCCAAAAAAGCAGGGAACUCGACUCUCCCAGCAGGUUUGCAUUGAACAGCAGGGCACAGCUAACACGUCCCCAUCUGUUCAGAAAGUCACCUUCCAGUCUGCGUGCACUUUUAUAGGUUUCAUGCUUUAGUGUGUCUGGGAGAUGGGUUCAAGAACAAUAUAAAUAUUAUAUGGAUAAAUGGAAGGUCUGAACUUUUAUUUUUCUUAUAAAAAUAUUGGGCUAUUCAUUAAUUUGCUCAGAAGGGAACAUACAGAACACCAAAAGGAGAAUGCAUGUUGGUAUAGGACUUUCUCGAGUUAGUAGGGCCAGGGCUUGCACUGUGUUCCAUUUGUUGGGAUUUCUAACCAGUUGUACUUGUUGUUUGUUUUGGUGUUAGUAGUGUGGGUAGUAGCUGCCAAGCCUUUAAAAUUAGCCCAUCCUCGAUUAUCUGCCCUACCUUCAACUGCCCUGCUAAAGAGAUAUUUCUCCUAUACCUAUGCAAAGAAGAGCACCUUAUAGGAUGCACUGUAUAGGGGUGGGGACAUAGGAUCAGCCAUAGGAAUGUUAAAUGAAAUUGCACAGAGGAAAGCUUAAUAUAUGUUUAAAGACUGUACAUAUGCUUUUUUAAAGAAUAGAAAGAAGUCAUCUAGUAAUUACAGAUACCCUUUUCUAUUGUAAGCAAGGGAUAUAUAAGGAGGUUCUACAGUGCAACAUCCAUAAUUUGUGCAUUCAUAUAUUAUGGUAAAUUUAUUUUUUAAACUCUCAUAUGACUUUUUAAAAAUUAUUCCUUGGAAAAGACCCCAGUCUUUUCCUUCAUUUAUUUUUUUAAAAAAAAAACACAUUUCAAGAGAAAAGAAAAAGAACAUCUAAUUUUACAUCAAGAUUACUAAUCAAUCAAUAUAGCCACACCAGCUGUACUGUAUGUUUUGGAACUUACAAGGUCAGCCAGGAACAGGUGUAUUUUUAAAUGCAAAAAUGUAUUGGGUUUCCUCUUCCCUAGCAUGUCCUUUCUUCUCCUGGUAUCUUAUCACUUUGCCUAUAGCACCACUGCUGUGAGAUGCUGCUCUGGCCAGGUCCAAAAGGCCGUAAGCAAUGAGUAUAUCACCCAGUGUCCUGGAGGAGGCAAGGCUGGCCAAUUAUUUGAGCAGGUUCACCAUGAACUUAAAUGAAAGGGUGCAAUUGUGGCCCAGAGGAUUUUCUCUUCAGCAGAUCUCCCUGUCACUUGAUUCUUGGAUUAAGUCACAAAAAAUUAAAGUGAUCUGUGUUAAAUUCAUUCCCUUCCAAGAAUUUAGAACACAAGGAGGGAUCUUUGCUGUGGAGUAGUCUUGGAAGAAGGCCCUGUAGCUGUUACUCUAAAAGAUACAACCCAUGAGUACUUCUGAGCUCAGGCCUAGCUAUGCCAGGCUCAAUCAGUGCACAGGUGUAAGCAGAACCUUUCUUCUGAAGCCUUCUUCACACACAUUCUGCAUCUCCUGCCCAAGUGGGGGCGCCUUUCUGCUGACCAGUCCAGAGCUCUGUGUACUUUCCUUCCUGGCUUCCAGAUGCGGACGGACCCCAGUACCUUCUUGCUCACUGACACCUAUUCCCUGCACCAAGACAUGUAAUAACUAGGAGACCACCAAGCUACACCUGGCUGGCCUUGAAGAAGACAUUAUACUUUGUACAAGCUCUGAAUUGCAAUAUGCAGCUGCUGAUUGUACAAGUUAAAUUUUUUAAAAUAGUUAUUUUGUUAUUUUUGGAACCAAAUGAAGUGCCAAAUUAAGCCAGACUUUCAUUUCACGCCAUCUCUGUGGAACCAAGUUCUUUUAUGUCUGCAUUUGGCAGGGAGAAGGGUAAGAAGAGCAGUCCCAGGGUAAGCUGGCGAGCCUUGUCCAUCCCAGGGAACUCAGAGGCCUGUCCAGGCAAAAGGAGUGGCAAUACAAUGGAUUCUGGUCCAGUGAAAAGUUCUGAUUUUUUUUUUCCCUUCUUUGAUGCCCCUUCUUUUUAAAAAGUUCUCUCAUUUCUCUACAAAGGAGGCAUUUGAUAUUCACCAACAGGGCACAUACCAGUUAGCUGCAAAGCAAAAAGUGUGUAUCGGGCAAUAGCCUCAAGACUUAGUUCUUCCCAGAGUAAUGGACACUCAACUUGUGGGAGGCAGUGAUGCAACUUGAAGAAAACACCCAGAUAGCAAGUGUGUCAGGGAGGAAGAUUCAAGAGGCCUGCGGACACCUGGCCCCUGUUCAUCUUGGGGCUAAUCAGCCAAUAGUGACUGUCUCUGAGCAUUACCCACGGGUACAGGGCUGCUGAGCAUCUCCUCCUCAAUUGCUGGAAAGUUUCCUCCCUUGGUUGGCAAAAGCCAGUGUUGGGAAAAGAGUGGUGGGUUUCCAACCAGGAAUGUGCAUGCUCAGCUAAAAAAUGCCUGUCAGUAGCUCCAUGUACAAACAAGGUACCCUUCAGCGGACAAUUUCCUGCCAUAACCAUGUUGCAGAUGGAGAAGUUCAAUAGAGAAUGAUGCCUGUUAUAGUUCUUCAAUUUUCCAAAAAAACUUUUCAAAGAUGGUCACAUGUAUGCUGCAAAAAAUUUCUGAAACUGAUAUGUCCUCCAUUAAAUGUCAAGAGCAUUCAAGUUGAAGUCCUCUGUCUCUGAUGUCACACUGCCCACACUUUUGCAAGCAGCCGUGGGUUCUGAGUUAGCCAACACUGCUGAAUUCCAUUUUUCCCUUCCUCAGAUUCCAUUGAAAAAUGACAUGCAGCAUUCACUUGAGAAGGUUUAGGGAAAAGUGGCAAAAAUUGUAUAUAAUGAGAAUACCUUUAGAAUUGUAGCAGAAUACUGUAAAUAAUAUUCAUUUCCUCAGGGAAACAAAGGCUAUGUGAAAAUAGGAGAAUUCUGAGACUAGGAAGAAUUUUACAGUCUUUUCUAGUUGGAAUAAUUUUUUUUUUCUUUUCAUGUGAACAUGAUAUCAUUUCAAGACAAAUUUAUGUGACCUGGACAAUACCAACUUUUGUAGAUGUGGGGAAAAUGCCCCAUGAAGAAGCUUUGUCUUUGUAGCUGGCCUGCAAUCGAAGGCUGACAUUUGAACCACAGGCGCGGUGCCUGGUGGGUAUUCACAGACUCAGUGAGGCUUUUUGAAUGUAAUUGUGAAUACAGAGCCUUGCCAUUUCUUUUUAUAAUCACCCAGUUUGGUGACUGUUAAUUAGCGAUCAGCAGAAUUCUAUAGGUAAUAGAAAGCCGUUAAAGAUGUGCAUUUUGCUUUACUAGCAUGUUAAGGAGCAAACUGCCAUGGACUUUAUGGACAAGGUGCUGCUUUUUCUCACAACCCUGUAGGAUGUCUACCAACCACAUCAGCUGUAGCAUUGGCCUGUGUGAACACAGGGAAGAAUUUGUGCAUACUAAUGAGUGGAAACAGCAGGAUUCAUGAAUAUGAAUGAGAAUGUGGAUCAUUUUAGAGAAUGUGCUGGGCACAUGGGUCAACUGGAAAUUUCAUUUCUCUAAGCAAGGAACCCUACCAGCAGCACACAGACUCACCCUGUUCCUCCUACCUGUGGGGAUCACUCCACCUAGGAGCUGUUUCAUUCUGUCUUUUAAAUUGUAACUAGCCAAGCCUGAAGUCAGUAAAUGAGAGUAGCACUUUUAGAUAUCAAUACAAUCUCUGAGUAAUGUACACCAAUAGAGCAAGAAAACAUCAAAUGUAUUUAAGACCUACUUCUUAUGACUGACUUUGAAAAAGCCCAUAUCCAAUGAUAUACAUGCUUUAAAAGGUGUGUCUCUCAUAGGACCAGGAACGAAUAUGGGAAUUGUACUUCCAGUCCUAUUGUGUAAAUAGUUCCUUUUUUUUGGAGACAAUCUCAUGUUUUAUAACUUUUGUUGUGUGGGUCUGAAAAUCACAUGGUAAUGUGUUGUGGCAAGAUGUAAUCUUCAAUAAUAAUUAUAACUUAAUUUUCCAAAUGAAACAAAACACUUCUUUAGAUGUCUACAAUUCUAAGACACGACACUUUUAUAAUAAGCAUUAGUACUGAACUCUUCAAGUUAUCAGAACUGGAAAUAUUUUACAAGAUGCAGUGUUUUUGUAAUCACAAAAGAACAUGAACAUUUUGUGGGAAAUGACCUUGGUUUUAUACAUUGUAGCUUAUUUUUUAAAAUACAGUAUUUUACCAGACAGGAAGUGUUCAUAUUAUACACAAUUCCUGUUCGCUGAACAAAGGGCUAUGCCUCUUUUAAGCAAGUGUUUUGAUGCAUAUCUUUUCAAUUAACCCUCUGUAGCAAGGGUAGAAAUGCAGAUCAGAUGGAAUGGUUAUUUACAAGAGAAUCAAGAUCACAACACCUACAUCUUUAUCAUUGCCAGAAUGUUUUCAAAGCAUUAAGGAAAAAAAGACACUUGAAGAAUCAUCACACACAUUUUAAAUCUUAAAAAAACAAAAAAAGAAAGUUGGCAGAUAUGCUUAUAGGCCAUAGGAGAGAGAUUCUUAUAAAUUCUUUAGUGUAAAAUGAUGGAUUCUGUCAUGAGACACAUUUUCCACUCAACCUACCAGAACCACAAACCUGCAUUUACUUAACAAAUAUCAUUUGGAGGAAAUUUCUAAAAUCAUAGUAUGUACAUCCAAAGACAGAAUUCUUAGGAGAUGAGUAGUGUUUAAAGUAAUGCUGUCCUCAGCACUAACUUUAAUUUCCUUAUCAGAAUAAGUGCUUGAUUUUUCACUGUGAAGAACUCACAGGCGCGCACGCACACACACACACACACACAAAGUGACUGUUCCCAUGAGUCAGGAAACAAGGAAGGGAGCUGUGGAGAGUUUAUUAACUGCACAAACGACUGUGAGUUUUGCCAAAACCAUCUCAUAAUACUGUAAACUUUUCUCAAGCCCACUCACUGUUAAAAUGAGAAAGUGUCUUUUCUAAGAUUUUAGUAAUCCAGAAGCUAGCCUCAUUAGCCAAGUAUGCAGAUAAGAAAAAUUGAGAUCAAAUGGCCCCAUGCUGGUUGGGCAGCCCCUAUGAAGUGGUCAUUCAGAGCUUGGUUUCAAACAGAUUUUGGACUCUGCAGACCUGAGGACUAAAAUACAUGGAGUUAGGGAAGUUCACACACAGCCAAGGCUUCCAGUCUUUGAGAUGGGACAACCUAGAAAACUCCAUCAGCAUUCCCUCAGUAUAUCUCCACUGUUAACUCGGGCCUCAAGUGUUUAUUGCUGUAUAGUUUAGAACCAAUGAGUCUCAUUUCAUCUUUAAAUGGAAGCUUCCUAAUGGUAUAUAAUAGGGGUUGCAGUUGCCAGGCAAGAUCUGUGUAAAAGAUCAGUGCAGACAAAAGAGGGGCACUGUGGAAUGGCAUCAGUCAUGUUGAACUGGAAAGUACACACCCACUUAGGAAGACCCACACUCAGCUCUAGACAAUCAGACAGAAUUCAGGCCCAGGACUGCUUGAUCUUCUCACCUGGAAAUGUGAUACUCCCUGACAUUCAAGCUUUGACAACCAAUGCAGAUUCUUAGCCAACACUGUGCAGACCAAAGACAAGCCAUCUGUGGGCAGUUGUAGCCGCAGGCUGCCAGUUUCAACGGUUGGAGAGAGUAGAUUUCACAUUCCAUGGCUAUCAGGUCAAGUUCUUCUGUCGGCCCCACAAACUCACAUGUUGGCACUAUCUGGGCAAUUAAAAUCAAAAGGGGGCAAGAAGUCAUUUGUCCCCAGAAAUUAUCCUCAUGGAAGGCUUAAAAUAGAAAUGUCAUAUCCUUAGACUAGCCUUGCCUCUGAUCAAAAGGUACUGAGUUACUCCCCAGCUCUGGUGAGAGCUGCCUGUGGCCCACCCAGGCCAUGCCCCAAAGCAUUGAAUAACUGUAAUCCUGAUUCUUACUGUUUUUUAUUACCGUGACCACUGUGACGAGGGGCUGGCAAAGAGCAGCCUGUGCCUUCAGAGAAGGCAGCCAGGAACCCCCUGAAGUUUUAAGGUAGCACACGUUGCCUCCUUAUGCCAAAGCCCUCUGCCACCUCUCCACGCUCCUUCCCAAACCAUCUUGCCUCACUCCAGUAUAAAAUUACUGUUAUUUUUCACCUUUGAUAGGGCAAAGUCCUUGCUUCAGAACUGGUAGGCACUUAGGUAUUUCAAAGUAUCUCCUCACCUUAACAGAGGGUUUCUACAUAGAGAACCACAGCUGCUUUGAGGACAAAAUCAAAAUGAGAAUAAUGGGGAAAAAAUAAUGAGAACAGAUUAGAAGUUGCUAACUUUCAAAGGGACUGAGUUACUUUAAACUGUGUCUUAGGUUGGAGUCCUGAUGAUAUUGGGAUAAUUGUAAACGGCGAAGGAUGUCCUUUAGAUACAUUAUUUCACUUGAUCUUCAUAGGAAGGGCAGUGUAGAAUGAGCAUAUGGAGAACCACCAUCACUCACCUCCAAAACCAGCCCAGAGUCAUGUUGGGCCUGUGAGUCAGCCUCACUGAUGCCUGCAGAGAGGGAGGAGAGGGCUUUUUUUCUUCCUAUAUCAACUUAAAUCAAUGCCAGAGACUAUAAAACCAGCUUAUAAUUUGUAAUAAUCAAAUCAAUAAGUAACUACAAACUCAAAAGUUGGGAAUGCCCAUGCACAAAGCCCUGGUUUCAAUCCCUAGCACCACAUACACACACACACACACACACACACACACACACACACACACAAAUUGGGAAUGUCUAGUUGUUAAGUCCUGUUUAAAUCUGAAUCAACUUAAACACCAUUGGCAAUACCCGAGAUUUCCUUCACUGUGAAUGAUUCAAAUGCUGUCCAAUACAUACAUGAACUUCAACAUCUCCCAUUAUUUUGCCAGGUUUAACACCUUGAAUGUAAAGUCACAAGAGUUCUGUCAUAGAGUUAGAAUAAGCCUCAGAAAGCCUUUUGGCCUGUCACCCACUUCAUUAACAGGUUUUUUGAUGAUUGGCACUUUUUUUAUGUCUCUGAAGUAAAUACAGUACCAGAGGAGGAAAAGGUUUAGCACUUUUCACCUCUUAUGGGAAAGAAGCCCUUUGGGUAGUGGUUAGCACCAAUACCACAACAGUGACCCGACCUAAAAAGACACAAGUGUUAGGAAACAAGAAGAAAGCUCUGUUUCCAAAAGCAGAUCACUACAGAUUUUGAAAGGUUGUGAUCUGGGGCAGAUUAUGAUCAAAUCAUAAUCCUUGUUUUAAAAAAAAAAAAAAUUCACGUUGGGCACCAUCCACAUUAUUAACUAUAUCAACUUACAAAGGGAAGGUCCCUUUAUUUAUAUUAUGAAAAUGCUAAAAAUUAAUUCUGGAGUCAAUUAGUGACAUUUUCCUACUAGGAUCAAUUUCCCACAUUUUUAAUUCGGAAAAUUAUCUGAAGUAGAAAGUAGCAACUCCUAAAAAAAAAAAGGCAAGAGUGCUGUCAAAGAAGAAAAUCUUCUUUGAGGGGGCAAAAAAUAGCAGAGAUGCUCAUCUACAUCCAUGUCUAAAGAGGGAAACCAGCACUCUGAAGAAUUGAGCUUUUUCAAAGAGAAGAAAGAGCAGUUCCCAUUUCUGGUUACCAGUCUUGCUUUCUACCCUCUUGGCAGCACCUGCAGAUUUGCUAGUGGUUGCUUCUUCUCCCUUCUUCCUAGCCAGAGGCCAAACUGCUGUUUUGUUCCAAAGCUGUGGAUGGGCUAUUCUUGAUCCUUUGUUUUCCCUUAAGUUUAGGCCCAAGAGGAUACAUACAUAUUGCUGGGACUGGUAUGAUAGGCUCAGUCGAUGUGGCUGCCCCCUCCCUGCAGGGGACAGAUUUCCAUGCAGGUGACUAUGAGGAGGCUCAGUCAGCAUACAACCUACCACACUGUCACAAGAGCUCUGUUCAAACCCACGGAUAGAGAAUAACAAGGUACGCACCUAAUCCUUUCCCUGUGCCUCAAAGCCCCAUCCCACUCCCCCACUGGUCAACUGUCCCACCAGUCCCUUCCCCGUGCACAGCUAAUUGAGCAGAACAAAGAACAUGCACUGGGAUCCAUGUUAGGAGAAGCACCCAAGGGCAGAGCAAGAGGGCUUCGCGUUUAAUUACACCUUGACCCCUGCCCACAACUACAGAGCACAAAAGUGGAAUUGGCCUUUAUUAUGUAAAAAGGAAGUAGCUCCUGCACAAUAUAACUGUUUAAAUUUUAUAUUUAUAGAAAGAAAAAACAACUCCAGUCCACUUACAUUGUUAAGCACUUGUCCUGCACCCCAGCACAGCCUGCUUCCCAUGUUUUGGGCACAGAUAACUGACACAGGGAAAAGGUGGCACUCUGGGGGCCUGUGGCUGCUGGAGUCUGAAUUCCCCUGAGUAAGCAAUGCGUAACUUUGCAGAUUAUACACUCUUAUUUUACUUUUUAAAUCUUUUUUUUCCUAUACUCUGCUUAUUGGAAAUAAAUGGUUAUGAUUUGACCAACCCCUGUGAUGACAGCAAAGUUGCUCCUUCCAAUAGUAUCCCAAGAGUUUUGGGAAACUCCCCAAUCACUGGUAGAAAGCUUUAGAACAGACUUAGAUUUGUAAGAAAGAACUCAGUACCGCCCCCCCCCCCAUUCACGAGUUCCAUGGCUUCAAUAACCGAAAAUGCCCUGAGUGUAAAAUAACUCAGGAAUGUGGAUCACGUCUAUAAAAAUAUAUAUAUGUAUAUGUAUAUAUAUAUGCCAUUAGUCCAUAUUUUCCUAUGGUGCACCCUGAAAUUCCUAUUUUUAUAACUAAUGGUUGGACAACGGUCAGCCAUUUAAACAAAUGCUCUCUGGACUAACCAGACCCUAAUAUAGUUUCCAAAGUGUUUCAUAUAUCAAAAUCCUAUAUGCUUAGAAAAAGAACUCAGGAUAAGAAAAAAUUGCUAGGUCCCAAAGGGUUCAUGACUAUCAUCAAAUGUAACUUCCAAGUGGCCUACACUCAUUUCUUUCAAGGGAGGGGCUAGGGAGAGAGAACAACAGUAAUCACAAAACCUCUGUUGCCCUUACUCCAUGGUAAAGUUUAAGAGAACUCUGCUUUUAAAAAUUAAGCCAUCUUUCAAAUUGUUUUCUCCACCAAAUCUAAAAUACUAAAAUAAAAUUAUUAAAUAUUUUAAAAGGGGUAGUUAGUGGAAAUGCUAUCCAUAGAAAGCAUUGCUUUUCAGUGCCUGCUAAGCAAAAAUAUAUGUGUGUGUGUACAUACAUACAUAUAUGAAAAACAAGAAGCAUUCCUACCUGUGGGACACUGGUAUCAAAUGACAGGUGUGAACAUAUACAGGCACAAGUUCAAAAGCUGUGUGGCAAUGCUAUCCAGUGUUCAGAGAUCUUUUGAAAUACAAUCUUGCCACCAUUCUGGGGUAAGUACUUGCUUAAAAAAACUCUUAAUAUUAGUGAAUGAAUGUAUAAAAUUACAAACUAUGCAUUUUCAAAAGUAACAUGUAUUUUGUAUCAAAUCCAAGUAAACUUUUUUUCAUAGAGACUUAUCAUAAUUGCAGAUUAUCCAAAAUGAACUUGAAUGCAUAUCUUCGAGGGCAUGUGGGAUACUGCCUAUGUUCUCCUGGCUGUUUUUAAAGACAGUGCAGUGGAACUUUCCUGGGAAACUCCAGGCUCUAAAAAAUAACCAUUCUCACAAUUCUUACCAUUCUGAAGAACCAUUAAGAUGAAUAAAUGGGAAAUGGCUUAUAUAUUUCUUCCUAAGCAUAAGUGGAAAUGUUGCCUUUUAAAAAUGUGCCCAGGUCCUCAGAGGUAGAUGUUCUAGCAACACUGGAUGAAUAAGCAAACAGCUGCAUUAAGUUAGUGAGUACUACAUCAGAUAAACAUGGCAUAGGUUUUGUCUGUUGUGCUUAAUUCUCAAUCCAAGAAAAAAAAAUUUCAAAAAGCUUGGGUUAUGUGGUAUUAAAGGACAAAAUAUAAAAAUAUGGUCCAACAAAUCAUUUUUCUUUUUUCACAAUUACACAGAGAUGACUCCUUAUAUUUUGGAAAAUUCUUAUAGACUAUACACAAAUCUCUUCAACCCUCUUACUGAUUUUAUAUUUCCCUGAAACCUUUUCUCCUAAUAAUUUGUCUUUGCUCCUUAAUUACAUUACUCAGCACACAAAAAAAAUAUUAUUUCCCUCAUCUGACAUUACAGAUAUAAAGAACUCUGUUCUCUGCCAUUCUGGUUCUCUUCUGUGUCUACUGAGAAAGUUUCUUGACUGUUUGUAAAGUAGGGGAAAACACUCUUCUAAGCCUGGUAUUUGAGGUCAUGGUGGAUAUGUUUGCUACCUAAUUAUAAGUUAGUUGGGGAGGGGCAAUGUGUCUUUUUUAUAUAAUUUUUAGCCAAAUCCAGAUGUUCUGAUACUACAUUUCUGAAUACUUUUCUGACUGUAAAUACAGCCCGUGGAGGUUCAGGUUAAUAAACCUUUUCUGUGACUGUUCCUCAGCCAUGCUCCUUGCCAGCUUUUGGCACAUUGUACAUAGAUUUGUCAAAUUCUUAAAUGAUGUUGUUUUUUUUCUAAAUGCUGUUCUCUAAAACAAUUUUUGUUUUUUGUUUGUUUUUUGCUUUCCAUUGUUUGGACUUUAUUGUUAGUUUUACAGAAUGUUUCCUAAAUAUUUAACACCAGGAAAAAUAUUUUAAAAUAAACUGGUGCUAAUUGGAACCGAAGAAAAAUUUCAGCUUGAAGAUUUACAAGGGGAAACGUUCACACCCGUUAACCUGCACUUUCCCAAGGGGACAGCUGGCAUCUACUUGAAAUGGGCAUCAGGAAGACCACCAAGUGUUUACAGUGUCUGUAGCCCAUUUAGGUGUAAAAUAAAGAAGAGGCUCUGACCCCCCCAUAGUUGAGGAUUUGCUACAUUGGUCCUCUGGAGGCAUUUAGGUAGAAGGAAAUGCUGGUAGUAAGAAUCCCUUUGGUAAUAGUCUUCUGGUCUUUGGACUUUCAUGUUCUGUGAUGCUUAGCUGUAGUAAUGAAUAUGGUGUUGCCAGUCUAGUCUGAUGUCAUCGUUGACCUGUACUUAUUUUGUGUAUGGCUCUACCUUGGGUUGCACUGGCACAAACUGAGCCAGAACACGGGACUUUCAAUAAAAACCAUUCUGACUUCAGUAUCCACACACAUGAACUUAAAUGAACUUGUAACUGGUUGAUUACCAUAAAGUAAGUCUAACUUUCACUUAAUAAAAGUUUUUGUGUAUCUGCUUC